AACCGUCAAAAACUACGUAAAUAAUGUCAGAAUUAAAGACGGAAAUUUUAUUAAUUUUAUUAUGAUUCUAGUAAUUAUAAGUAGGUAAUUAAAAUUGUAAUAGCCAUGAUUCGCAACACAAUUAAAAAGUAUAAAGUCACCAAACAUUUGGACUUUCCAAGAUACAAACACACAAAUAAGUUAGAUGCAAUCAGAGAAAAAUUAAAAGAGGGUCCGAAUCUAACCGAUUUUAUAUCUGAAGAUCGUCCAAAAAAUUGGGAUGAAUAUCAAGGCAAGCUGAAAAGGGAAAAAGGUGAAUUCGAGAGACUUAGGUUACCGCCAUGGUUGAAAACUACUAUACCCACAGGUUCAAAAUUCAAUGAAAUAAAACAGCAGUUACGUAGUUUGAAGCUUAGCACUGUUUGCGAAGAAGCAAGGUGUCCUAAUAUUGGAGAAUGUUGGAGCGGAGGAAAACACGGUGCAUCAACUGCUACCAUAAUGUUAAUGGGAGAUACUUGUACAAGAGGCUGCAUGUUCUGCUCAGUGAAGACAUCAAGGAAUCCACCACCUCUGGACCCAGAGGAGCCAAGGAACACUGCACAUGCUAUCAACCAGUGGGGUGUCGGAUAUAUUGUACUUACCUCUGUUGAUAGAGACGACUUACCAGAUGGAGGUUCGCUGCAUUUUGCCGAAACAGUUAAAGAGAUCAAAAAGCUCAACAAGGACAUCCUAGUGGAGUGCCUGGUGCCGGACUUCAGAGCCGCCCGGGGCUGCGUGGCGCGCGUGGCCACCAGCGGCCUCGACGUGUUCGCGCACAACGUCGAGACCGUCGAGAGACUCACGCCCUUCGUGCGGGACCCCAGGGCUGGGUACCGCCAAACGUUGAAAGUUUUACAAAUGGCCAAAGAAAUAAAUCCUGAUUUAAUAACGAAGUCGUCCAUCAUGCUGGGGCUCGGCGAGACCGAUGCGCAAGUGGAGCAGACCAUGAAAGAUCUACGCGAGGCGGGAGUGGACUGCGUGACGCUGGGCCAGUACAUGCAGCCCACGAAGAAGCACCUCAAGGUGUUCGAGUACGUGACCCCCGCCCGGUUCCAGCAGUGGGAGGCGCGCGGCCGCCAGCUUGGCUUCCUGUACGUGGCCAGCGGAGCCCUGGUGCGCUCGUCCUACAGGGCCGGAGAGUUCUUCAUCAGCGCCGUGCUGCGGGACAGGAAGGUCAACUCGCAAUGACGGGCAGAAGGCUGGCCUUGAUACUCUAAACUAAUUUUCAUUAGAGAUGUGGUUAGCGUAACUGCUAUACUCAUAGCUACUGCAGAGCGGUCCCCCCG